GAGGUGCAAUGAUAAAAAAGUGAAAUCACACGACACCCGCGCAGUGAGCAGAUGCUCCAACAAAAUUCUCCCGUUCUCGAUGAUACAAAGUUAGCCAUAGUGCGAGAGCAAGAGCGAAAAGGAGAGUUUUGUAUGUGAGUUUCCCGUGGUGCAGUUGUACAAAUUCUGUUUUAGCGAAUUCCUUUCUUCAAUCGACCUUUUGUCAAUGUGUUCCGGAGUGGUAGAAUAAUAAUGAAACCUAGCUUACGCUAUACCUACUGCACCCUGUUACUGGUAUUUUUGGUGUCCAGUUGCACGUUGUUUAUCAUAGUGGCCUCAGAAACGCUGAAGCCUACCGCUGAUGACCAUUCGCAGCAUCUACAUCACCAUAAUCAUCAUAAACAUCAAGAACAACAUCAUGGUGCUCCGUCGAUGCCACAUCCGGCCCGAAUACCGGACGGAUCCCUCACCGUUGGUGCUAAGCAGCGCGCGGGAAGUGAUCUGUUACGCGACGGCAGUGCUGAGUAUGAGGGGAAUACCAACCAUAACAGUUUAGCAGAUGGAGUGCUUCGUGAAAAGGGCCAAAGUCGCCAACAAGUCGAGAGUCAUUCUGGGGAGCCACCAAACAGCCGUGCUAAUGUGCGACCGCUGAAGAGGCCCUCUCCGGGUGGGAAAAUCACCUCCAAGAAGGACAUUCUCACCGAAAAACCUAGUCCACAACCCGAAGAGCCUCCGGAUCUGAAGGAUGUUAUAUUUCUUGAUACCAUCUCCAAAAACGUUGGCGUCACAAACAGCGGGUUACAAGACAUUCCAGGUCCACCGUCGGUCAUAACGCUGGUGGACAACCAGCACCGCGAGCUGAACAACAUCGAGAGCAAACUGGAGGAGAACCUAGAGGCUACGCUGAAGAAUCUUUCCCACAACAACGUUCUCAACGUCCCACCGGGGGGAAUUUCGUUACAAGCAGACGAUGAACAGGCGCGGCAAAAGCAACAACCACAACAACAACAACAACAACAACAACAGCCAGAUAGCAGCACCAUCAUCGAUGCCACCGAUCGGGACGAACAGGAUGGCAGCUACAAUGGAACGGCCGAGGCGGAGGAUAGCGCUACGUUCCAUCGUGAGAUUCAACCUUCCGCCAUCCCGGAAGAGCACGAGCAACCGUCCCUGGUGAUGGUCCCGAUGGACGAUGGAAAGCAGACUACCCACGGACAGGGACCCACAGGCGGUGACGGCGGAAGCAGCAAUACGGUGGAACUGAAGCCACUGGAGGUGAAUCUUACCGAAGAGAACCCGAUGCCGGUGUUUAGCGAAUGGGCCCAAAAGCAGAUGGCCGAGGCGGAGAAGAAGCUGGGCGAGGUUGUGAACGCGUCGGCGAUGAAGAAAGGAACCAAACCGGCCGGCAGCAAGACCGGUGGCCCGAUGAAGCUUCGCGCGAAAAACUACGCAGCACCCGAGUGUGGCGCAAAGAUCAUCGCAUCGAACCCGGAAGCACAGAGCACGGGCUCUGUGCUGACGGCACCGAAGGACGAGUAUCUGCUUAAUCCGUGCACCAGCAAGAUUUGGUUCGUGGUGGAACUGUGUGAACCGGUCCAGGCCGAACGCAUCGAGCUGGCAAACUUCGAACUGUUCUCGUCGUCUCCGAAGGAGUUUAGCGUGUCGGUUAGCAAUCGAUUCCCUACGCGGGACUGGGCCAACGUGGGUCAGUUUACUGCGAAGGAUGAACGGGACGUACAGAGUUUCAUGCUCCAUCCCCAUCUGUUCGGAAAGUUCGUUCGCGUCGAGAUCCUUUCGCACUACAAUCAGGAGCAUUUUUGUCCGGUAUCGCUGUUCCGUGUGUAUGGUACGUCUGAGUUUGAGGCGUUCGAAACGGACAACACUCCCCUGCAGCCAGAUGAUGAUGAUGAUGAUGAAGAGGAUGAAGCGAUGGCUCCAUUAGUAGACAGGGAAAUUAUACUUGACGGAUUCCAAAGUGAACACAAGGAACCGUUGCCGAUGAAGAAUGAAGUUGGAAUCGAGGGUUCCCUUCGUGACGAUGAUCUGUUGCUGACUGAACCGGGUACCGGUGGACCGGUGGAUGGCAAUGGAAAGAAAACGGGAGGUAAACACCCAAAUAAUCUCCUCAAAUCAGCCGGCGAGGUAGUGAUGAGCAUGGUAAAGAAGGCGGCCGAAGCGCUCGGGAAAACCGGCAACGAUAGCAAUGACUUAUCGAACGGUACGGCGGAAGGCGGUGGUAGUGACCUUUCGUUCGCUCGUGGCACAGUUCUACAGCCGGGAGCAUCCCCAACAACAACAACAUCAUCACCACCAACAUCUUUAUCAUCAUCAUCAUCGCCGUCGACAACGAUGUCCUGCGUUACACUAGCUUAUACGAUACGUUGCGUUAAUUGUACCGACCGUUUCCGGGCUCGGCUCGAGUCCACGAUGAAUUGCAAACACAAUCUUCUCACUAGUCUACUAGGGAUCGUGCGAAUCGGACGGUCGUUCGAUUCCGCCCAGCAUUUUCUAUGUGCCAACGUGUUAGGGUUUAACUUGCCGCGAAAAACCGACUACACCGGUGCCGGUGAUGAGGGGGAACCGGCAGUGUGCUUAAAUAUGCGCUACAGUGUGCUCAAUCUGCUACCGGACGAGCUGGUCGCUGGGCUUUGCAACGUGGUUGCCUACAAUCUGAAGUUGAUACCGGCGAACCCAAGAACGUCGCCGGAUGUAAAAGGCGACGGAGGAGGAUCGCAAGGAGAAGAACAUCAGGCUCAUCGGGAGUUGCCAGUCGGUGAAAGAGAAACCGCUGGGAGAGACAUUCCACCACAACAUUCGAACGAUAAUGGACGACAAGUAGGACAGCAGGAGCAACAGGAACAGCGAGGGGAAAUUUCCUUCGAGGGAGAGACAGUAGAUCCGGAUGAUAGUAGUCCGUCACAGAAUACGCUCCCUCCGAAGGAAGACGUGAAUAUGUUUAAUGUUGCGACCGAACCUCCUCCCUCGUUAGAUGGGGCAGGAGGAGGUGAUGAACCGGGUCAGAAUUUGCCAUCAGCUACUGCGACAACAGGACAACAUCAAGACCAGCAGCAGCAGCAACAGCAGGAACGAGAAAAAGAAGAUCAUCAUCAUCAACACUGGGAAACGAUCGACGAAACCGAGGGAAUCCCUAUUGGAGGUGGUAUUGGUGCACCGUCUGGAGCCGGUGGAUCAAUGGUUGGCACGGGAUCGAACAACGGUCACGGAACGACAUCGAAUACACAAAAAGUGCAACCGGAAAGUGUUUUCCUUCGGCUUUCCAAUCGCAUAAAGGCCCUCGAAAGAAAUAUGAGCCUCUCAGGGCAGUACCUGGAGGAGCUUAGUCGCCGUUACCGGAAGCAGGUGGAAGAACUGCAACAUUCGUAUGCCAAGACGCUGCAUGAGAUUGAGGAGCAGAACCGGAAGAUGCGCGAAAGCGAAACAUCGCUGCGAGAGGUGAACGAUCAGUUGCGGCGCGAUCUGUUCGAGUUCCAGACGAUGGUGGUCGACUGGCGCAACGUGGUACUAGCGGUGCUCGGUGUCGUCGUGGUGUUGCUUCUCACUCUUAUCCUGUUCGUACGUUCCGUGUUGGCGUCGAGUGGGCGAAGGGCAAGUACAUCGGUUGGAGCGAGCAGCCAGCGACCGGCUCCGCUCCCACAGAGCGUUAUUGAUCGUGAGUUGGCACAGGUUGGCUCGGAUGCGAGGCCAAUCCGUGGUCGAAUGUUGCGUCGUAAGUCGAUCGAUGGCAUGCCGGUGGCGGGAGGAGGAGGGAAUGUUACCGGUGGUGGUGCGGGUGAUGGAUCCAUCAGUUGUGUAAGCAGUUCCUCUGGAGUCAUUAUUGCGACGGCCGAACCAUCCACCGGUGGUUCAUCGAUGUCUCCCGCGCGGUUGCGUAUAAAGCGACCAAGUGAGGAGGCACUCAACAUCAGUGGAACUUACAUGAACCUUCUCAUAGAUGAUGGUAGUGAGGGCGUUAAGGAACCACGUCCCAUUGGUCCGAUGACAGUGGAGCGGAAAAAAUCGAAACAUAAACACCGGAAAGUGUCCGCCCCAUCGAUGAUAGUCACGGUGGGGAAUGUGGCAACGUCUACUCCAUCGGCAAAUUCGGCCGUGUCUGGGGGACCACGAUACGAGCUCCCAAAACGUUCUACGUCGAUGAUUGAACCCCAAGAGCAACGGUUCCGGUUGGUGAAUGGAACUGGUUCCUCCGAUGGUGGGGGGCACGCGUCCCAAACGCCGGACCAUAGCAAUCGAAUCGAUGAGCUACCAUAUCUGGAGGAUAACGAUGAGUUUAUCAUUCCCACGGCGAGCGACCUUUCGUACGAUGAGUUUAUGCCCGGUUCGACCGUAUCGUCGGGAGCGAUUGCUGCGUUACGGGAAGAAAUGGUGGACGGUAGUGGUCGCUUGACUAAUGGAAGUGAAACUACCGAGGACGUUUCACCACUACCGACGGACUCCGCGAACAAUAGCGUGGUGCAACAAACGAAAAAAUCUUCAUCUCGUCGCCUUUCGUCGCCGGCUUUCUUUAAAACGUCACUCUUACGAUCGAGUCUCGGUUCGAAAAGACGAUCGUCGAAGAAAGGCUCCUCCAACGGGGAUAUCAAUGCUCCCGGGGGUAGCAGUAGCAGCAAUAGCAGCAACACUAGUAGUAAUAGCAGUAAUAGUUCUAACAUAAGCGGCAGUUCCAGCGCUGGGCAGCAUUCCACCGUGGCCAAUGGCGCACCGUCGGCAGGAGCGGACAGCGGUGACGGCGACAGAAAAGACAGCUGGUACCGGUGGUGGUCGGAAAACCGUAAGCAAGGUCCGUCACCAUCGACCGCAUCAUCUAGUCAGCAGGAUGCGUCCACUUUCUCCUCCUCGUCGUUGUCCUCUAAGCACCAGGCCCGGCGGGAGCGGCUGAAGGCAAAGUCGGAAAGUCCUCCCGCAGUGACCGGUGGUUCGCUGAUAGAGGAACAGCCAACUCCGGUGAAGCUUUCCGUUUCGUUCAAUGGCGAUCUACCGACCAACGGCGGAGGUAGCAACGGAGGUGGGCUGGAACGGAAGACAACCGGCGGCAGCCGGGGUAGCAUCAGACGGUUGUUCCGGAAGGUGUUUUAGCAGGUGCACAAGAAGCAACCGGUGUUGUAGCCGCGUCGAUAUUAAUUAAACAAAAACCGUAUAGACUGAACCCCUCCCCCUCGAUGAAGAACCCCCUUUUCCAUAACGUGAUCAUGCUCGUAGCAAAGAAGGAAGAAAGUGAUAAUCUUUGUUGAAAGCCACUAACCCAAAUUUACUAAUUUCCCAACCACCUGUAAACCCUUUUUGAACCGGAGUACUAGACGAAGCGAGGAAUUCCUAUACCUUUUCUCCCUUUCUUAUACAUAUAUCUAUUACGCCGUUCCCUUUUGUAUGCUUUAUUUUGUCAUCUUUGUCCUAGUUAAGUUAUGUAUAUCGUAAGUGUGUAUUCGUUAGUCACAAGCUGUAGGAAUGUGGUAAGAUAAAUUGUAAAGAAAAUCAAGUUAAACCCAAAUUAGUGAUAAACUGCUAGUAGCUGUUGUAACAAAUUGUACCCGCUAGAAGCAAACAAAUUGUGCAAUGAUUAUUGUUUUCAAAAAAAGUUUCGUGUCUUGUUUUCGUUCAUUCAACUAGCAAGCUAAACCACUCUUUAAAUGCAGUUUCUCUUUUAAAAACCGAGUUAAACGAUGCACCUUUCACUUAACGCUAGUUUUGAAACUAGUGGUAACUAGUUUCGUUGCCAUGGUAAUUUGAGUUUACUAGUCUCUUGAAGCGUUCGUCAGCUAACGUUAGGUGAAUGUUGCUUCGGUUUAAAAUGGGCUGGCUUAUUGGUCAACUCACACCGUUUCCAGCAAACAAAUAGUUUUCGGUAUAAUGAAGCUAGAUUAACUAGGGUAGAUCUUUGAAUGUGCAUUCGUGACUGUUCCUUGCCUUAGGUGUUUAUUGUUCGAAAUUAAUGUUACAAAGAUAACUGUUCUCGUUCGAUCGAGCGAAUUGGGGAAGAAUUGUUUUUUAAAGUAAAUUGGACAAAAAUAUACGAACCAGCUUUAGGAUGGGGUAAGGCCAACUUCGUUUUCGUGUUCUGAUGUAGAAGGGUGGAAAUUUCGAAAAGGAUAAUGUUAAAGACAGACGCAUCGAAGUUCUUGAUUCGGCAUUCUCGGUUUAACCAAAAAUUAGAUGUACGAAAUUGUUAAUACACUAAACAAGGGGCGAAUGGCGAUUGGCCAUCAGAUGAUAAGUUAACACACGUUGACAGAUUCUAAAUUGUAUGUGGGAAUUUUUUCUCCUACAAACAAGGGGUUUCAAACUGAAGGGGAAACAUUGAACCGAACAAUGGAAAAUAAGACAAGUUUAGCAACACCACAAAUUGUACUAGCAUAUGCGAAAAACACGUUACAGUGAAAGAAGUAGCAAAAUCCAAUAAAAUAAAUAAAAUAAAAGCAGUUUAACAUAAUCGUAUCAGUAAUCGUCUAGUAGCUUCUAUUGAUUGAGAAUGGAGACAAGGAAAUUUGAACGAAAAAAACGAGUUUACAUAUAGUCCGGGUCAAGUUAGAAAUAAUAAAUUAUUUUGUUCAUCCAA